UCAAAAGAUUUGUUCAUUGAAAUGACGAGAAGUGCUACGCGUUGACGCUACUAUUGAACUGUUUUUACACUAGUGCUGAUUCUCUUGCUACUAGGUCUGGAUAAACCACAGCCCUUUGAAUCCCUAUCGGGUGGAUUAUCAAGCGGAUCACGAUGGAAAGUUGCUGCGAUAUGAAGAGAAACCACGGAUACCAAAGGGGGUUUUCUGCGAUCUGAGCAGGAUGAGACGAAGUCCAAGGAGACCCCUGAUCCUCAAACGGAGGAAGCUACCUUUCCAACUGAACGACCCCCCGGCUAAUGUGGUCCCGUCGAAGGAACCCUAUGGACGACCACCACCAACACCUACACCACACCCCAAUGGGCCCUUCCCAACGGCCAUCGUCUUCCCGGACGGCAUCCAAGUCGUUUCCCACCCCACCAGGCCCGACACCCAGGUGGUGGUCAUCCCAAAAACAGCCGAUUUACAGUGCGUCAUCGGAGCUCUGACGGCCAAGGGCAAAGAGCAUGGGCCCAACGGACCCAACAAAUUCAUCCUCCUGAGUGGAAGCAGCGGUGGGCUGGAGAACGACUCGCAUUUUGUGCACUUAUCUGAGGGAGAUGGUCCGCCACCACAGAGAAUAACUGGAGGACCACCGGGUAACGUGAAGGAGGAGGGGGUUUGCCUGGACAUUAAACCCCUCACCGGAUUGAACCCAUUCAACAAGGACCUGGACUGCAGUCCGCUUGACGACAGUCUCACCAACAUGCAGUGGCUGGGCAGGAUGAGCACGGACACAGAGAAGAGUGAGCGGGAGAAGGAGAACUACAGCCUUUCCCAGCAGGAGUCACAGGAGACCUCCGACAGCAUGGUGGUCGAGGUGGAGGGGGGCGGGGAGGCGAAGGCCACCCUGUCGGACCGACCUCCCUACUCCUACAUGGCCAUGAUCCAGUUUGCAAUCAACAGCCGGCCCGGCCGCAGAAUGACCCUGAAGGAGAUCUACAACUGGAUCGAGGACCACUUCCCCUUCUUCCAGCAGCAGACCAAGCCCGGCUGGAAGAACUCCAUCCGCCACAACCUGUCCCUGCACGAUAUGUUCACGCGCGAGACCUCGCCGGACGGCAAGGUGUCCUACUGGACCAUCCGGCCCGAGACUGACCGUUGCCUGACCCUGGAUCAGGUGGUCAAGCCCGGCUAUGAGGGGACGGUCACUCUGGUCCCGGCUUCCCGGUCCCUUGUCCCACGCCAGGAGCAGACGGGGAUGUUGUCGUCUUCUACACGGAGCGUGGCUCGUGGCUGUGUGAGGAGGAUGAAGCCGCUCCUUCCCCGCAGCGACUCCUACCUGGUCCCCUUCCAGCUGCCCGCCGCCACCACCACCACCACCUCCAUCUUCCUGCCCACCUCCUACUCCCCCCAGGUCCAGCUCCGGCCAGCCCCCCAGCGUACCCGGGACACCCCCCGGGCCAAUAAGAGAGUGAGGAUCGCCCCUAAGCAGGUGGCGCACGUCGACGCCCCGGCCGUGCCGCUGCACCCCACCGCCAAGGAGUUCAAGGAGGAGCCGGCGUGCCUGCCGCUGACGCCCCGAAGGGCCCCGCGUCAAGGAGGUGGAGGAGGAGGAGGAGGAGGAGGAGGCAGCUCGCGGCGCAAGCAGCGUCUGGUGCUCCCCGCGCACGAGGAGCCCGUCCUCCUCUUCCAGGACAGCUCCUUCUUCGACUCGGGCGUGGCCUCGGACGCCUCGGGACUCCAGGACACGCAGCCAGAGCUCUCCUUCAAAACCCCCGUCAAGGGCAGCAGCAGCAGCCUCCUGGCCUCCUCCACACCCAGUAAGCCGGCCGGAUGGGAGCCCUGGAAGGUGACCCCGCUGGGGAAGGGCACGCAGCGGGCCAUGCUGGACUUCAGCCCCAUCCGCACGCCAAGCGGGCCCCUGCACACGCCACGGCACACGCCCCAGCAGCAGCAGCAGCAGCAGCAGCAGCACCUUCCCCUACAGGAUUACUCCAGCUUCAGCUUCAGCUUCAACGGCACGUCCUUCACGGAGCUGCCGCUGUUCAGCUCGCCGCGGGAGCUGCUGACGGCGUGCGGGCGAGACUCGUCGCCCGUGGGGGCCGGCCGCUCGCUGGAGGGCCUCAUGCUGGACACCAUGAACGACAGCCUGAGCAAGGUGCUGGUAGACAUCAGCUUCUCCGGCCUGGAGGACGAGGACUUGGGCACGGCCAACAUCAGCUGGUCCGAGUUCAUUCCCCAAAUGUUGUAGGCCGGCGUCCGGAGGGAAGGGGGGGGGGGAGGAUGUAGCAAUCAAAAAAAACAAACAAAAAAAGUUGGUUGUCUAUCGAUGAUAGUGAUUUAGUUUUGUGUGUUGUCCCGUCGCCCGCGUGACGUGGCGUUGUCCGGUAAGCUUUCCUUUUCUUUCUGCAGUUUUACCCCUCGUCAGUCACCUCCGUCACUCGCUGCCUCUCGGUUUCCUCUUGAAGGGGUUUAGUUUGGUUUAAAGCUCGUAUCCAUCUUAAGAAUCUUUUGAACCGUUUCUAAGUGCCUGAGAGCAAUCCUCAUGCAUAUCUGUGUGUGUAUAUAUAUAUGUAUCUGUAUGUUUUGAUUUGCACAUUUUUUGUCAUGUACAGUUAUGUGGAAAGGUAAAAAAAUAUGUGCACGUUUUAGAAACCACGGCCAUUCAACUCCCAGCACGCCAGUCCAAGCCGACUGGAAGACGUUCUAGACUCAUUUCCCAGCAGUGUUUAAGCGAAUCACAGGGUCACAACAUGAAUGUGUGUUAGUCUUUUCGUAACUGUACCAACCUCAGUGCACUUUUGUAGCCCGCAGUCCCGACGUUGGCGCUGGAGUUCAGCCCAAUUCCGGGAGCUUUGCGAAGAAAUUUUAUAUUAGAGGAGUCUACGCAUCGGAGUUUUAUUCCGGGCUUGUGUACUAGGUAAUCCAUUAUAUUUUAUUAGCUGCAUGCAGGCGAUUUGUCCUGUUGAGGCUUGCUAGGGGAGCGUAUCAGACUUUCAAGCAAAGCGAUGUAUCCUCUUUCGUACUGGCGGUUUGGUCCUUUUGUUAAGGUGGGCUUCUGGUAGGCGGGGCGGGGGCUUUCAUGCCAGCUUUGAUGUUACAAUAUGUGGUGAUGUGUAGGCAGGUAGCGCAGUGAGGUUGGAGCGUCGGCCAUUUUUAAUUGCAAGCAAUAAGUUUCAACGUGUGAUUUGAUGUAUCCUGGAAAUAAAUAUUUAUGACUGUGUAAACACUAAAUCCAGUUCAGCCACAAGCAUCAGAUCAGUUCAGGCUCAUUGUCACAUUUUAAUUAAAGCAACUUGACUAGCUA